ACAUCGCACGCGCAUCGUUCCUUGCGCACAUCGACAUAAUCCGCGCAAGUGAAUUUGCAUUCCCAAGUGGCAUAUUAUAAUUUUAAAUGUAGUGAAUUAAAUCGUGAUAAAUUGCGGAAAUUAAUUCAUAAAAAUUUAACACGAUGCCUCCUGCAACGAUCACUGAGGUCUCUCUGGUGCAGAAGCCAUCCCAUUCUGACAAUGAAGAUAAUGGUUUGAAACUGACACACAGGCUGAUUGAAGCCAAGACGCGUGACACAAUACAACCGUCAUACAAACCCAAUGUUUACGAAGAAACGCGGCCGAAAAACGAUCCCAAAUUCCUAGCUCCGAUCAGAGAAUGGGAGAAACGUAUGGGAUUCGAAACAGCCCUCAGAUGGAUUAAUUUGAUAAUCAUCUCACUCUUCCACGUUAUAUCCGUUGGAGCAUUCCUUUACUACCUACUCACUGGGAACUUCCCAAAACUGCAGACUGUGCUAUUUAGUAUGUUCAUGGGUGAAGUCGCGGGUUUCGGAGUGACUGCUGGAGCUCAUCGGUACUGGUGUCAUCGGUCGUAUAAGGCGAAAAUGCCGCUACAAAUUAUACUUAUGCUGUGUUAUUCACUAGCUGGACAGAACAACAUAUACAACUGGGUGCGCGAUCAUCGCGUGCACCACAAGUUCUCGGAGACGUCAGCGGACCCGCACGACGCGCGGCGCGGGCUGUUCUUCUCGCACGUCGGGUGGCUGAUGAUGAAGAAACACCCGCACGUGUUGCGCGAGGGCGCCAAGAUCGACAUGAGCGACAUCGUCAACGACCCGCUCGUCAGGUUCCACACCAAGUACUUCAACUGGUUCAAGCUGGUCGUCUGCUUCAUCCUCCCGACCCUGGUGCCGGUGUACGCAUGGGGAGAGACCUGGAGUUUCGCCUUACUGUCGCAGCCAUUCCUGCGAUACAUGUUCUCUCUCAACUUUACCUGGUCUGUCAAUAGCUUCGCGCAUAUAUUCGGACACAAACCUUACGACCGAUUCAUAAAACCUGCCGAAAACUGGUUUGUAAGUCUGGUGGCGAUGGGCGAAGGCUGGCACAACUACCACCACACGUUCCCGUGGGACUACAAGGCCGCGGAGCUGGGGUACACGCUCAACCUGACUACCCUGCUACUCGACGGUUUCGCGCGCAUCGGCUGGGCGUACGACAUGAAGGAGGCGUCCACCACCCUCGUCCGGACCGUCGCCAUGAACCGCGGACAACGACAACCACAAUAAUACUUGCCUUUAGAUUUAAAAACAUAUUUAUUAAUUUCUAUAAUAACGAUAAUGAGAUGGAAGCAAAACUUGUGAAAAGUAAAUAGCGAUUGCUUUCCAAAUUUUUAUUCAUAAAACCUGAAGAUAUCCUGUGUAAGGUCUGUUUAAAACUAACCCUAUUGCACAACUACUAAAACAAGGUUUUGCCUUGAGAACAAUAAAUCUAACUUAAAAUA